CCGUAGAACCCACAACCCUUUGCGCAGAGAGGUGCAAUGGCGUUGUUUACAUCCAUCUUUUAUUUGUUCUUACUGCUUCUCACUCGAGUCGUCCCUUUUUUUUCUUCUUCUUAUUAAUUGUGUUAUAGAGAAAAUUGUGAGGUUUGCGAUGGUAGAUUGAAUAUAUAUAGAGAGAUUUGAAGUAGAAUCCACUUAGGAAAAGAAUUCAACUAUUAAUUUCGUAUAUUUUUCUAGAGAUUUCUGUAUCCUUCAACCAUUAGGAAAAUUCACAGACAUUAUUAACCAAAAAGGAAUAAUGCACAUAUAGCAAUGCAUAAGUGAACAUAGCUUUCACUCCAGAAUGGCUGGGAAGGAAACCAUCACCUACCAGAAAACAUCAUGACUUUCCCAUCACCUCCAGAAUCUGGCCCACUACCAAUCCUACCAGAAAACCUCACAACUUUCCCAUCACCCACAGCAUAUCCCCAGGGCUAUGAUGUUGUUGACAAUGGCAAAGAAGAGGAGAGUGAUAACGGUCAGGAUGACCAAAAAGCAUUGUUUGAAUUGGAUCGGGAGGCAUUUGAUUUUGAAACAGAUGGUUCAUUCAGCUCAUCUCCCUCCCUCCUAGCAAACUGCCUUGUACCUUCAGUAGGAAUUUCUUCUGCUGUUCCUGUGGAAAAAUCUUCCUUGAGUGAUGAUAUAAGUGAUGAACCAAACAUUCCUUCCACACCAGAUUCUGAAACAGACAGUAGCACAAGCAGUUACGCGACUGGCUUUUCGAGCCUUGUUGGGGCUUCUUUCUUGGAAUGCCUCUUUCCAUUACUUCCACCCAAAGCUGGUUUCCUUGAAAGGGUAGGAUGCUCUGAAAUGGGCCCUCUUACCCAACCAGUAAUGAAAAGCAAGGAGUUUGAUGAUGAAAGUAACAGCAGUGUCGUGAUAAGGAGGCCAACAACACUUGGAGAGCUGAUAAUGAUGAGUCGAAGGAGGAGCUACCAGAGGAAAGCUGCUCAAAUCAGAAAACAGAAUCUAUCAAUGGAAUUCGCAAGGAGAGCUUGUGGAUGCUGCAUCUUUGGAACUAGUAUCAAAAUGAUUGAAGGACUGCAGAGGAAGAAGCGCCAGCUAAUGCUCUGAAACUGUUGUCAAA